AUGUCUUCGCGCUCAGGCUCAUCCCUAGGAGGUGGCGGUGGCGGAGGUCUUUCCGCCGGCCAUCACAAGCUAGCCGAGAAGCUGAGCUUGAUCAACGACCGGGGCGUGGGCAUGCUCACGCGGAUCUACAACAUCAAGAAGGCAUGUGGCGAUGCCAAAUCCAAACCAGCGUUCCUGUCUGACAAAACACUUGAGUCUGCAAUUAAAUAUAUUGUGCGCAGGUUUCCCAAUGUAGACAUCAAAGGUCUUCAGGCCAUUACACCCAUACGUAACGACAUCAUAAAAUCACUGUCUUUAUACUAUUACACGUUUGUCGACCUUCUUGAUUUCAAAGAUCAGGUGUGUGAACUAUUAACUACUAUGGACGCAUGUCAAGUGAAUCUGGAUAUUACUGUAAAUUACGAGCUAACACGAGCCUAUCUAGAUUUAGUGGCCACAUAUGUAGCCCUCAUGGUUUUACUAUCACGUGUUGAAGAUCGCAAAGCCGUGUUAGGUCUAUUUAAUGCUGCACAUGAGAUGGUACAUAAUCAGAGUGAUCUGAGCUUCCCACGUCUUGGUCAAAUGAUUGUAGACUAUGAGCAACCAGUCCGUCGGUUAGCUGAUGAAUUUGUGCCACAUACAAAGCUUUUAUCUGGAGCUUUACGUUCUCUUUGGCCAGUGUAUGUGCAGCGAAACCUGACUGCAGAUAAGUGGAGGUCUGACCAGAAACUCAGUCUAGUGGGUAACCCUGCUCAACUACUAAAACCUUCAUCUACAGACACUGUGUCUUGCGAGUAUCUAUCAUUAGAGACAAUGGAGCGAUGGAUUAUAUUUGGCUUUUUGCUGUGCCAUCAGACAUUGCAGCAACAACCACCAAACCAGCAGCAACACAACCAAGACGGUAAUGUAGCUCAUAAACUGUGGUUAGCUGCACUAGAGUCAAAUUGGUCAAUUGCCCUGUUUAGGGAUGAAACUGUACCCAUUCACUCAUUUGUUCAGACGUUUUUUGAUACAUUGAAGGGUUAUGGAAAGAGAGUAUCUGAAGUUAAAGAGGCACAUACACAUGCUACACAAAAAGCUGUGUACCGACACCGUGAGCGUCGUAAAUACCUACGCACGGCACUUAAAGAAUUGGCACUUAUUCUAACUGAUCAGCCAGGGUUAUUGGGACCAAAAGUCCUGCUGGUAUUUAUUGGGCUAAGUUUAGCUCGAGACGAAGUAUGCUGGUUGCUGCGACAUGGUGCACCUAAUUCUGGCGGUGGUAACAGUCAAAAAGGAACAGGGACAGGUACAGGAGGGACUGGAAAAUCUAGUUCCAGUGGAAAAUCAUCUGGUGUAGAAGACCUUUUAGUUGACAGGCAGCUUCCUGAGUUACUAUUUCACAUGGAGGAGCUUCGGAUGCUGGUGCGCAAGUACAGUCAGGUUGUACAACGUUACUAUGUUCAGUACCUGGUCGGGUUUGAUGCUGUCCAAUUGGCACAAUCUAUACAAUCUGUUUAUGGAAAUCAGCAAGAUCAACAACAUUAUCAGCAGGAUCCUUCUUAUGUCAUCCUCCAGUCUAUUGUGCAUACUGUUUCUGCAUUGUCGGUCAAGCAAGUGGAGGACAAUGAGCUAUUUGACUUGCGUGCUCUGCGUCUUGACUGGUUCCGCGUUCAAGCCUAUUGUUCAUCUGCUGGAUCCAGUAGUGGUGGUGGUGCCUACAACAGCAACAAUUCAAAACUGAACCUUUUUGAUCACCGUCAGCUAGCUUCCCAGCUAGACACUGCAGCUCACCAUACACGGAUGGUGGACUAUCUUGAUGAAAUGCUCGUUGACACUUCCGAUUUGUCACUGUUUUGCUUCUACAAUAAAACGUUUGAGGAUCAGUUCCAUAUGUGUCUAGAGUUUCCAGCUCAGAAUCGGUACAUUAUUGCUUUUCCACUAGUCUGCGGGCAUUUUCAGUCAUGUGCUCAUGAACUCUGUCCUGAAGAGCGCCACCACAUUCGCGAGCGCAGUCUGUCAGUGGUUAAUAUGUUUCUAGACGAUAUGGCUAAGGAAGCCAAGAACAUUUUGACAACCGUGUGUGAUGAACAGUGCACAAUGAGUGAUCGGCUUCUGCCCAAACAUUGUGCACUGCUAAUUGCACAAGCGGUAAACCGAAAGAAAAAAGACAAGUCUUCAUCUAGCAAAGGGAAAAACACUGGAGCUUCUAUGUUACUUGGGGGAGCAGGUGAUGACAAUGACAGACCAGGGUCAGAGAGUUAUCGUAAGACACGCGAGGAGUUGACCACGAUGGACAAGCUACACAUGGCCCUUACCGAAUUAUGCUAUGCACUGAAUUACUGUUCUACAAUAAAUGUGUGGGAAUAUACAUUUGCACCUCGUGAGUACUUGCAUCAACAUCUAGAAACGCGGUUUGGUCGGGCUCUGGUGGGCAUGGCCAUGUUUAACGCUGAUACUGGUGACAUUGCCAAACCGUCGGAGCUACUAGCUAGUGUUCGAGCUUACAUGAGCGUUCUACAAACUGUCGAAAACUAUGUCCACAUCGAUGUGACAAGAGUUUUCAACAAUGCUUUACUACAACAAACGCAGCAUGCUGACAGCCACGGUGACAAAACUAUCGCAUCAUCGUACACUCAGUGGUACUCGGAAGUUUUAUUACGUCGGGUGAGUGCUGGCAACAUAUGUUAUUCACCAAAUCAACGAGCAUUUGUCAGUCUUACCGCAGAUGGAGCAGUCCCAUUCAAUGCAGAAGAGUUUAGUGAUAUUGGCGAGUUGCGGGCCCUUGCUGAACUUGUAGGCCCCUAUGGAAUGAAAUUGCUCAAUGAGACGCUGACAUGGCAUGUAGCCAGUCAGGUGCAAGAACUAAAAAAAUUAGUAGCGGCUAAUCGUGAAGUUUUACUGGCACUACGCACAAAUUUUGACAAACCAGACGUUAUGAAAACGGAAUUCAAGAAGCUGCAGCAUGUGGACAACGUGCUUCAGCGCAUGACUAUUGUGGGUGUGAUCUUGAGCUUCCGACAGCUAGCGCAGUCGGCUCUUCGUGAUGUCCUUGAAGAUCGAGUCCCCUUCUUGUUAGCCAGUGUCCAGGAUUAUCACCAGCAGCACCAGCUCCGUGUUGGUGGUGUAAUGGGUAAUGGUGGUGUCAAUGGAGUUGGAGGAGUAGUGGUAGGAGGAACUGGCAGUGUCAAUGGGGUGGGCGCAACUGCUGACACUAUGCUUGUCAGCGAAAUGGCUUCGGCUGCAGGCUUGGAAUGUGCUGUAGAUCCUGCGCUGGCAGCUGCUCUGCGCAAUCAAAAGACGGCUGACGAGCAUGAUGAACAUUUAACCGCGUGUUUGCUUAUGGUUUUUGUUGCCGUCUCAGUGCCAAAGUUGGCGCGGUCUGAACACUCAUUUUACCGUGCUUCACUAGAAGGGCAUGCCAACAAUGUGCACUGUGUAGCAGCUGCUGUGAAUGCUGUGUUUGGGGCACUAUUUACUGUUUGUUCUGCUGGUGCAGGACCGGGGGCUGGUGCUGGAGCUGAUCCAACUUCAGUUGCCGCAGCAGGAAGCGAUAUUGAAGACCGUAUGAAAGAGUUCCUGGCUCUUGCCUCAUCCAGUCUGCUGCGUCUUGGCCAAGAAGCUGACCGUGACACUGUGCGUAACCGCGAGUCUGUUUACCUUUUACUAGAUCAGAUUGUUCAAGAAUCACCAUUUCUCACCAUGGAUCUCCUAGAGUCGUGUUUCCCUUAUGCCCUUAUAAGAAAUGCGUACCAUGCUGUCUACAAGAUUGAGCAUCAUCAGCAUGGAGGCCAUUCAUCGUCUUCGCAUCAAAUAUAA